CCAACUUAACUAGUUUUUGGAUGUUGUUUAUGUAGUUUUUAGAAUUAGUUGGCAAAAUUGUAAUAAAUUGCAAGUUAUCAGUAUAGCUUAUUAAAUGUAUUCCUAGAGCAGUAUAAAGUAAAUGUGUAAUUUUAUUGAAUGUGUUAAGCCCCAGCAAACCUCACCAGUUGUUGUAAAUACAUUUAACUGUUUGGAUUCACAAUUGGUAAUAUGCUGAGUCAAGUCGCGGGUGCUGCCAAGAACGGCGGCACCCCUUUGGAGGCUGCGGCCACUCCACCCACUCCACCACCAGUAACAUCAACUGCAACAGCAACAACAACUGAAUCGCAGUCCGCUGCAGCAGCAAUAUCACCAACUUUGCCAGCAUCAGCUGAAUCGCGACCAAGUGCACAUAGCAAUCGUAAGCCAGGCGGAACAGGCGGGACAACGUCCUCCAAGAGCUCUGCCAAUCGAGAGUUUCAGUUCUUUUUCGAGGAUGAAGUGUUUCACAUUGAUCGCAAGGGGCGCGUUUGUUUUGGCAUUGUGACGGGAACAGCUGAAUCAUAUUCGUCGGAUGAUGAGGAGGAGGAGGUAAAUGACGUGCUCGGCAAGGGAGAGGUCCGUGUAGCCUUUUAUCCCGAAGGCAAGGAAACUGUGCGAGCCGAAAAAUCGAUUGGCCUCGCCGACCGCACCCUAAUGCCUGGUGACGUCGUCCGACGCCGUCUGCCUGGAGAGAAACAUAUGUCCGGCCAGGCGGGCUAUGUACGCGAUGUCAAUGUGCGUGCCGACGUCAAGGUGUUGGGCACCAAAUACAUCAUCAGGAAUGUACCAUCGGAGCGUCUGCGUCCAAUUUCCGAAUGGUCGCGCGAUGUACCCGUAUGCCUGGGAAAUUGGAUCGGCUACACCGUCAGCGUGGAUGAGUCUGUCGUUCUGAGAUCCAGCUAUGGCGCUCUUUUAGAAAUCACAUCGAACGAUUUUCACAAGUUUAAGGACGCUUUUGGGUCAUGUGAUCGUGAAGUGUUCAGUCCCAGUGUCUAUUACCCCAAUAAUGUGGUUAUUGGACGUCUGCCGCCUUUGGAUCGCGUUACCAAUUUAACACCCGAUUUACCAUUGCCUACAAAUAACAAGCGACGAUCUCUGUACACUGUGGAGUCUGUAAAAACAACAGCUAUCAAUGUAGCCUGGACUUUCAAGGCAACACCGCAAUGUGAGAACGGCACUGACUUGGAUCCAUUGAAGCAACCUAAAAGCUGUAUUUUCGGCGCUGACUUGGAAAAAGUGAAGCGUCUAAACAUCUACGAAUCCUAUCUGCUGCAAAUACACGAUCGAUUCUACCUCAAAUAUUCGCAAUGUGAUAAACUAGUAAAAUGUAAUGUCUGGGAACAGGAACAAGCCAAGUUGUUCCAGUCCAUCUACCAGCGCCAAAAGGCCGAGGAGAACAGGCAAUGCGAGCAGAAUGAUCAAUUGAAACCUGAUUCUGCUGGGGGGACUCAUGAUGUUAUACCUUCUCCAUCGGCUGCAUCCAGUUCUCGCUCGGCUCACAUGAACAAGUCACGUCGACUGAGUGUUAAGCCCAGCAGUCAACGACUAAAUCGAUCGCUGGUCGAAAAUGAGACGAGUAAUGUGUCGCUUAAACUGGGUACAUCAACGAACACAGCUGGAAAGAAGGCACGGACUAAUAAUGAUGAAGUCUGGGAAACUAUUGAAGACGAUGUCGAUGAUGAGCUGCCGCAGGAAUCGCUGGAUGUCUCUGUGACAACUGAUACAGAACUCACUUCUACAGAACUCACUGCUUCGCAAGCCCGUGUACUAACACGUAAUUUUAAGCGCCGACCUAGCAAAAAGAAAUCACGACCUAGCAAAAAAAUAACGUUGCAUAGAAAAGAAUCGGACCCCAAAGAUGGCGAUGAGAUUGUAGUCGAAACUUUGGUUGUGUAUAGCUCGCUGACGGUAGUCUGGCAGGAUGGAACUGUGGAGACCGGCAUUCCGUCUACCGAACUCUAUCCCAUACACCAUUUGGACAAUCAUGAGUUCUUUCCGGGCGACUUUGUUAGCAAGGCCAAUGAUUACAGCCCCUCCCAAAUUGAUUACGGAGUCAUACAGUCUGUGGAUCACGAUGAGCGCAUUGCUAAGGUCAAAUGGUUUAAUAUAUAUGGCAGUCUUACUAAUCCCGUUCCUUCUUGCAAGGAGGUGGAAGAGCUGAGCGUAUACGAUUUAAAAGAUCAUGCGGACUAUCAGUACAGGCCGGGAACUAUGGUCAUACGAGUGUCGAAUUUUACGGGCGAUGAUCUCAAUUCUACUGCUGGCCAAGUAAUUGAUAACUUCCCCGAUGGACGUGUGCGUGUUUGGUGGGCCAAGGGACACAUAACCAUGUGCUAUCCGCAGGAUCUUUUUGAGAUUCAUCAAAGUGAUACGCAGGAUGCUUACGAGUCGGAUGAUUCUGAUAAUUCCUGGGAGACACAGUCGGAGAAUAGUGAAUCAAAUAAUGUUAGUAACAGCAUUUUAUCGCUAAAAGCGGAGGAGCACAUUAUUUCGGGAAUUGAUCGUGCCAAAGAGGCUAUUCAUCGACUAGAAAAAAUCUUUCAAGUGCUGCCAGAAAAACGCAAACCCGAUGUUCUCAAUGAUCUAAUGGCCGUAUACAAGAACUGCCGAUAUCUGGACCGUUAUCUCAAAACUGAUUUCUUCCACGAAGAUUACUUUACCGGAAUCCUAUUGCACAAGGAAAAACGUGAAUGCGAAACUUCUGUUUCGCUAUCUGCACCCGAUGCUGUUUCCACUACUGUCUCGGUGCCCACACAGAUCGACGAGUGCACCAUUAAUGUUAAUCCAACCGUGCAGUUGGAACUGCCAUCGUCUGGACAAGCAACUUCAACAUCGACGCCUAAUAAACGUAAAUCCUCUACUCAAAUCGAAGAGGUUCAGUGCAAAAAGAAUAGUAGCAGUGAGAGGAUCAAUGUUGAGGAUUCCACAGAGCAGGCCGUGCUUCUGAGCAACGUCGAUUUGUCCGAAAGCGAAACACAACUGAGUUACAACGAUGUAAUUGCCAAGUUUCGCGCCGAGUACGAGGAUAUGAUCAAAACGGCUCGCGCCAACAUUAUAAAAGCCUUUGAAAAGUGCAAAUGCGAAAAGAACGACUCUGGUGUUUAUUCUCGAGGCGAGAACAGCUCAAGCGAUAUAACCUCUGCCGAUUGCAAGGACUGUGCCGAGGAUAAUGAUAAUCAGAAUUUAAUGUCGUCUUCCAACACUAGCAUUGAGUUGGUUGCCACUUAUGAUGCCGACGUCUGCGAGGUAUUCUGUUUUCUAAUCAAGGAGCAGAUGGUCAAGUGCCGAGAGGCAAUUGUGGCGAAAUUCGGUAUUAAUAAAGACAAAGACAUUGAUGAACAGCAGAUCACCGAUGUGGAUGAAGCUGAGGAGGACUCGGGGGAUUUGGAGCAUGAUUCACAACCAUCAAAUAAAAAUGAAGAGGAUCAUGUUAUGGAGCAGCCAUUAAAUUUAAAUGCACUUUCUGAAUCGUUGCCGCCGCUGGAAUGUCCAACAGCUUGCUCAUCUCCCUCAACAAAGCUGGUCAUCACGACGACCAGCAAUCAUUGUUUCGAGGUGGUGUCAAAUGCGCCAACCAGUCAUCACUUCCUAGGAAAUCUCAUACAUCCCAGUAAUAAGGCGCAGUAUCAGCGAGCGGUUCACCGUGAAUAUGCUAUGCUACAGGCAUCGCUUCCUCCAGGUGUCUUUGUGCGUGCCUAUGAGGAUCGCAUGGAUCUAAUAUCCGUUAUGAUGGUUGGUCCCAAGCGAACGCCUUACGAAAACGCUCUCUUUUUCUUCGAUUUUCAAAUGGGAAGCGACUAUCCAAAGAGUCCGCCCACCUGUCAUUACAUUAGCUACUGCACUGAGCGACUAAAUCCGAAUCUGUACGAGGAAGGCAAGGUUUGCGUCUCAUUGCUGGGAACCUGGUCAGGACGCGAUACUGAAGUGUGGACGCCUCAAAGCACAAUGCUCCAAGUGUUGGUCUCUAUACAGGGACUCAUACUGGUCGAUGAGCCCUACUAUAAUGAGGCCGGCUACGAGAAGCAGCGUGGUACUCAGCUGGGCAACGAGAACUCGCGAGUUUAUAAUGAAAUGGCUAUUAUUAAAAUUGCACAUUCCACGGUCAAGCAACUGCAAAAGCCGCCACUCAUAUUUCGAAAAGAAUUAAUUGAGCACUACAAAAAGUUUGGGAUUGAGUUACAUGGACGUAUGCAGACCUGGUCCGAUUACUCAGCCGAAGCACAGCGAUUAAAGAUAACCUGCAUUAAGGAUAUGCCUUCAGAUUAUAAAACACCCUACGAAAUGCCAGAAUUUCCACUACUGCCCUGUAGUCGGGGCUUCUGCAUUGCAGUCAAAGGUGUAUUGGAGACUUUGCAGAACGAGUUAACUGCACUGCAUAGAAAGCAGGAUAUAGAGCCAGCUGUUGCCGUUGCUGUGGUUGCCACAGCGCCGCGUGUUGCACUCGAGGAUGUAUGAUUGCUGUGAAUAUUAGCUUUGCCUUCGUUGUGGUGCCUAUUAUAAAACACACAAGACUAUCGCCGCCUACACUCGAAACGGAGCCUCAAGCAGGUCCAAUUUCAUAUAUAUUUAAGUACUCUCAGCUCGAAUAGUCUCUACUGAACUAACUUAAACAGUCAGUCAAACCAUCCUUAAAAUCGAAAAUGAGAUGAACAUUUUCCUAAAUUAUUCGCUUAUUCUUUGUAGCAACUGUUUAUUUAUUAUAUUUAUAUUAUUAAUAGCUAAGUUCAUGCGUAUAAAAAAAUGUUGCCUUUCAAAUGUUUAAUAUGUAUAUUAUAAAUUAUUGCCAGAAUUUAUUCGUAUCUGUAAAUAAUCACCUUUACGCCAAAUUUAUGUAUGUAUAUUGUUUAUAUUGGCGUGAGAUUAUCAAAAGAUUUGUCAAAUUUUUUCUUGCCCACAUAAACCUAUUUGUAUUGUAAUUUAGUUUUUUAAUUACCGCUAGCAUGAUUACGCUUAGCCAUAUUGUGAGCCCCUUCAUUCCACUCUCACUUUUCUUCUGCUAAACUAGCGAAUACAAGAUAUGUGAACAAUAAAUUCUCAAUUUUAUUUAUCAAA